AUGUCUACUUGUCUUACUCUGACCCACUCCCUCUCUUAUCCAUCUCUCCCUAACUCCCCUGCCAUCCCAACCAUCCACCCUCCUCCGCCAUCCGCCACCCCAACAACCACCACUACAGCCGCCACUGUCUCUGAACCCCAUUCUUCUCCAUCAUGGACGGAUCUCCUCCGCUCCCAGGCUCAAUCCUCAUCGUUCCACGAAGCCAUCUCCACCUACACAGCCAUGAUCGCUGCCGGCGCUUCUCCCGACAACUUCGCCUUCCCUUCCGUCCUCAAGUCCGUCGCCGCCGUCGGCGACCUGGAUCUUGGAAAACAGGUUCACGCCCAUGUAGUUAAAUUCGGUUACGCCGGCGCCGUGCCCGUGGCCAACUCCCUCGUCAAUAUGUACGGAAAAUGCGGCGACAUCCACGAUUCCCGCCAGGUGUUCGACAAAAUCUCUGACAGGGACGAUAUCUCGUGGAACUCGAUGAUUGCCACGGCGUGCCGGUUUGAGCUCUGGGAACUGUCCCUACAACUCUUCCGCUCAAUGAUGUCAGAUUUCGUGGAUCCCACGUCAUUCACGCUCGUAAGCAUUGCUCAUGCGUGCUCCAACAUUGAUGAUGGUUUGUGGUUUGGAAAGCAAGUGCAUGCUUAUGGUUUGAGGAAUCAUGGUUUGGGAACGUUCACUAAUAAUGCUUUGGUGACAAUGUAUGCCAAAUUGGGAAGGGUUGAUGAUGCUAAAGCUUUGUUUGAUGUGUUUGAUGAUAAGGACGUGGUAUCUUUUAACACAAUUAUAAGUGCACUGUCUCAGAAUGAUAGAUUUUUAAAAGCUUUGUCAUAUUUAAGGCUUAUGGUAUGUAAUGGUGUUAGGCCUGAUGCGGUUACCUUGGCUAGUAUUCUCCCUGCUUGCUCUCAAUUGGAGAUGUUGUGGGUUGGGAAGGAGUUGCAUUGUUAUGCAGUGAGGAGCGCGGAUUUGAUUGGGAAUUCAUUCGUUGCUUGUGCCUUGGUUGACAUGUAUUGCAACUGCAAGCAAGCUGAAACGGGUAGGAGAGUUUUUGAUGGGGUGUUGAGGAGGACUUUGGCUGUGUGGAAUGCUAUGAUUUCUGGUUAUGUGAGGAAUGAGUUCUACAAAGAGGCGUUAGAACUCUUCAUUGAGAUGCCUAGUGUAUCAGAACUUUGUCCAAAUACUACCACAUUGUCUAGUGUUUUGCCUGCUUGUGUGCCUUGUAAAGGAUUUUUGGAUAAAGAAGGGAUCCAUGGCUACAUAGUGAAAAGGGGACAUGAGAAGGAUAAGUAUGUGCAGAAUGCACUUAUGGACAUGUAUUCCAGAAUGGGAAAAUUAGAAAUUUCGAAGAGGAUAUUUAGCAGUAUAGAUAAAAGAGAUAUAGUGUCUUGGAACACAAUAAUCACUGGCUGCGUUGUCUGUGGUUUCCAUGAUGAUGCGCUUAAUCUUCUGCACGAAAUGCAAAGUGGUCAAGGAGAAAAUAGGAGUUACAUAUUGGGUGAUUAUGAGGAUAAUGGAAGCCUCCCGCUCAGGCCAAACUCGGUGACACUGAUGACAGUGCUUCCCGGUUGCGCAGCUUUGGCUGCUCUAGGUAAAGGCAAGGAGAUUCAUGCUUAUGCUAUCAAACAAUUGUUGGCAACAGAUGUUGCAGUGGGAAGUGCGCUAGUUGACAUGUAUGCAAAAUGUGGUUGCUUGAAGCUCUCUAGAAUAGUCUUUGAUCAAAUGCCUAUGAGGAAUGUUAUUACUUGGAAUGCUCUUAUCAUGGCCUAUGGAAUGCAUGGUAAAGGGAAAGAAGCUUUGGAGCUUUUCAGAAGAAUGGAGGCAGAGGAAGACAACAAUGGAGGAGUAAGCCCAAAUGAGGUGACCUAUAUCUCCAUUUUCGCAGCAUGUAGUCACUCAGGGAUGGUGGAUGAAGGCCUUAGUUUAUACCAUACAAUGAAAGUUAACCAUGGAAUUGAACCUACGGCUGACCAUUAUGCUUGUCUUGUAGACUUGCUUGGUCGUUCUGGUCAGGUGGAAGAGGCAUAUAAACUGAUCAACAGAAUGCCAUCCAACAUGAGUAAAGUUGAUGCCUGGAGUAGCUUGCUCGGUGCAUGUCGAAUCCACCAGAAUGUAGAAAUCGGUGAAAUUGCUGCCAAGCAUCUACUUGACUUAGAGCCAUAUGUAGCUAGUCAUUAUGUUCUGUUGUCUAACAUAUACUCUUCAGCUGGACUUUGGGAUCAAGCAAUAGAUGUUAGGAAGAAAAUGAAGGAAAUGGGAGUGAGAAAAGAACCUGGUUGUAGUUGGAUUGAGCAUGGUGAUGAGGUUCAUAACUUUUUGGCUGGUGAUUCUUCACACCCACAGAGUAAGGAACUCCACGAAUAUCUUGAAACACUGUCGGAAAGAAUGAAGAAGGAGGGAUAUGUACCUGACACUUCAUGUGUGCUUCACAAUGUCGAUGAUGAAGAGAAAGAAACCAUGCUCUGUGGGCACAGUGAGAGACUUGCAAUAGCUUUUGGCCUUCUAAACACCCCCCAUGGAACUACCGUUAGAGUUGCUAAAAACCUUAGAGUUUGCAAUGACUGCCAUGCUGCUACUAAAUUCAUAUCAAAGCUUGUGGACAGGGAGAUCAUUCUAAGAGAUGUAAGAAGGUUCCAUCAUUUCAAAAAUGGAACUUGCUCUUGUGGGGAUUAUUGGUGAGAUGUGUAAAGUGAAAUAUCUGGUUUCCUUACUUUCUCUUUCUUCUCAGCUCUCCUUUCCUAGAACAUUGAAACCCCAGAGUUGAACAACAAAGCCUUAUGUCAAUAGAUGGGGUUGGCCGCAUGAGUUAAAUGAGCCACUGCAUGUUGCCAUGAAUCCUGUCUAAACCCAGCCUCAUUCAUGCUUAAUUUUUUUCCAAUCGGUUGAAUCUUCCUAACCACUAAGUUAUCUCUCAUAUGAUCUACUCACUUGACGGGUUUCUUUUUCUCUUCUCCCAACAUGUCGAAAUCACCUGUAAGAUCUCUUUGGAACGGAAUACUAGCUCGGCAGGAGUUCUAUUGGGCGAGUCCUAAGGAUACAAAAUCGUUUUUUGAGGCAUGGAUUGAUUGUGAAAUGGGUAGUGUGGAGAACUAGGAGACUGAAAAUAUUUGAAAAUGUUGAUUAUAAGUUAGAGUAUGUAUGGAAGUCCCUUGUGUUACACUGUAAUGACUAAUGAAUGGUCCAUGGGAUUAAAUAAGAAAAAUAACCCACACUUGGGUGUUAGAAAAGUGGUACUGGAUGAUGUAGGUUUUGGAAAAUAAAUUCUAGUUAUGUACCUCUUACAUGCCGGAUCAAGACCCUUGGUCGAUUGGGCGUUAUUAUUAUACAUGGAAUUGCAUAAUCCUUACAUUUUCUUGUGAUUUUAUGGUUAUAGACUCUUUCUUUGUGGUUGAUAUCAGUGCACUUGAAACAUCAAUUCUGUUUAUAAUGGAAGAGAACAUUUGUCAACUGCCUCAAGUGAAUAUAAUUACCUCAAACCUGUUGCUGGUGACUUGGACAAAAAGGGGAAAAACAAUUCAAGUGGAACAUGAACUUCUCAAGAAACAGGUUCCUUCCAAUUUGGUGCAAAAGCUACAGGAUCUAAAUCUGUGCUUAUCAAGGGAAAAUGAGUGGAGGGUUUACUGUAU